GUGAUGUCUGCCAAAAAGAAGGUGUUGCUCAAGGUCAUCAUCCUAGGUGACAGCGGGGUGGGCAAGACGUCUUUGAUGAACCAGUAUGUCAACAAGAAGUUCACCAACCAGUACAAGGCUACAAUUGGCGCCGACUUCCUGACUAAGGAGGUCAUGAUCGAUGAUAAGUUGGUGACGAUGCAG